UUGUAGCCAAAAACUAUGGAGAAAUUCUUGCAACUGUUUCCCAAACAAUGACACACAUGUCGCUAGUUGCUUUCAUCUUCGAGCCAUAUAUAACCAACCCCCAUUGGUAGUUUUCGAUCAACACAAUCUCUUUGCCUCAUCAACUUCCAUCCUACUUGUUUAAACAACAAAACAUCAAUCCCAGAAAUACAAUAUGAACAACUCUCAGAGCGCAGAAUUCCAAGCCGGCCAGACCAAGGCCCAAGCUCAGGAAAAGGGCAGUCAGAUGAUGGACCAAGCUAGCCAUGCUGCACAGUCUGCCAAAGAGUCGACACAACAGGCUGGACAGCAGAUGAGGGAAAAGGCACAAGAAGCAACUGAUGCAGUGAAGAAUGCAGCUGGAGCCAACAAAUGAACUCUUUCUGUUCUACCUCCACCC